ACUGCACUCACACACAAAUCCUCUGUACCGCACUUAAAUAUUGCGCCACGCCAUUCCUCGUCGGCUCAUCAUUCACUUGCUUCUUCUCCCUUACUCUCUCACUUUACAGUCCAUCGCUUCCUCUCUCUGCCUUUCAUUUUUUGCUGCGCGAGAUAAUUACGAGGGUUUUGAUUGGUAAAUAUGCCGCUAAGCUUAGCGGGAAGAGUUGCUGUUUGUACCUUGUUGUGUGUCGCUGUCUCUCUUUUUGCCAAUGUUGGAGCUGAAGAUCCGUACAGAUUCUUCAACUGGAAUGUUACUUAUGGAGACAUAUACCCACUAGGUGUUCGCCAAACGGGUAUUCUUAUCAAUGGACAAUUUCCAGGCCCUGAUAUUCAUUCAGUUACGAAUGACAAUCUUAUUAUCAAUGUGUUCAACAGCUUAGAUGAGCCUUUUCUUCUCUCCUGGAAUGGAAUUCAACAAAGGAGAAACUCAUAUGAAGAUGGUGUUAUCGGAACCACAUGCCCAAUUCCUCCAGGAAAGAACUUUACAUACAUUCUCCAAGUCAAGGACCAAAUAGGAAGCUUUUAUUAUUUCCCAUCUCUUGCAUUCCACAAGGCCGCUGGUGGUUUUGGAGGCAUCAGAAUCCUCAGUCGCCCAAGAAUUCCAGUCCCCUUCCCAGAUCCCGAUGGCGAUUACACUGUUCUUAUUGGAGAUUGGUACAAGUCUAAUCACACGGUUUUGAGGGCUCACUUGGAUCGUGGUAAGAAGCUGCCUUUCCCGGAUGGAAUUCUCAUCAAUGGUCGCGGACCCAAUGGUUAUGCACUUACUGUCGAACAAGGCAAAACUUACAGGCUUAGAAUAUCAAAUGUUGGGUUGCAACAUUCACUUAACUUUCGGAUUCAGAACCAUAAAAUGAAGUUGGUAGAAGUGGAAGGAACACAUACUCUUCAGACCACCUACUCUUCACUUGAUGUUCAUGUUGGCCAAUCUUACUCUGUUCUAGUAACAGCUGACCAGCCUGGUCAGGACUACUACAUUGUGGUUUCCUCUCGGUUCACCACUCCGAUCCUCACCACUACUGGUGUUCUUCACUACAGUAACUCUGCUGGUCCAGUUUCUGGUCCACCCCCUGGUGGACCCACCAUUCAGAUUGAUUGGUCUCUCAACCAGGCCCGCUCAAUUAGGACCAAUCUCACUGCAAGUGGACCAAGGCCAAAUCCUCAAGGUUCAUAUCAUUAUGGUAUGAUCAACACAACCAGAACUAUCAGGUUCGCAAGUUCUGCUGGCCAAGUAAAUGGAAAGCAGAGAUAUGCAGUGAACAGUGUGUCCUUUGUCGCACCAGACACCCCACUAAAGCUUGCAGAUUACUUCAAAAUUCAAGGAGUUUUCCGCGAGAAUAGCAUAUCAGACAAACCUUAUGGAGGUGGAAUUUAUCUUGACACAUCAGUUUUGACAGUUAAUUACAGAGAGUUUGUAGAAAUUGUAUUUGAGAACAGUGAAAACAUUGUCCAAAGCUGGCAUCUUGAUGGUUACAGUUUCUUUGUUGUUGGUAUGGAUGGAGGACAGUGGACAUCAGAUAGCAGGAACCAGUACAAUCUCCGAGAUGCAGUUGCACGAUGCACCACUCAGGUAUAUCCCAUGUCAUGGACAGCUAUUUACGUGCCACUCGACAACGUAGGCAUGUGGAACUUAAGGUCAGAGUUCUGGGCUCGCCAAUACCUUGGGCAGCAGCUUUACUUGAGAGUUUAUACAGCAUCAACUUCACUGAGAGAUGAAUUUCCCAUUCCAAAGAACGCACUCCUUUGUGGUAGAGCAAGCAGUCGGAGCACACGACCUCUCUAAGCUAUAGCCAAAAUAGUGGUUGUCCUUGACCAUUUAAGGCGGCUAUGGAGAAAUGAAUGAAGAGAAGCUACUUGGUGCUUGUUUUCUUGUUGGUUGCUUUGCUUUAGGCUAAACUAAAUAUGGAGGAGCAUAUGAUAUAUGUACGAUUAGAACUCUUUUAAUGACUUCAGCUCGAGGUCACAUUCUUUUCCACUAAUGAUUGUAUUCCCUUCUAUAUCUAUAUUUACUGAGGUUAUUAUUAUUAUACAAUGCAUUAAGGCCAGUUCAUUCUCAAGCUGGCUUGGCUUCGGUAA